AUGCCACCAACCGUCUGCGUUGCGCCGACCCUUUUACAACAACAGGACGCCUUCGCCAGUCUCCGCCAUACCCAAACAAGCAGCAGCUUAGAGUUCGACUUCGAUUUCAAUUUCCAUAACAAUAAUGCAAAUCCAAAUAAUCCACAAUCUCCGUCAACGUCCGCAUAUCUAAUAUCCCAACUCGCAAACUUAAGUCCCCAGACUACAUCUUUCCCACUACCACCGUCGUCGUCUACAUCAUUAUUAUCGUCAUCACGUAUGCCUCAAUGCAUCGUAGUCAGUAUCUCCGGCGGUCAGGCGGCUGGUAAGAAGACGGUGCAGGCUGCGAUUGCCAAGAGGUUGAAGGAACUUAGUGGUGGACGGUUACGGAUUACUUGUUUGAGUAUGGGAGAUUUUGCGAGGAGGCUUGAUGAAAGUGACAGGGAGGAGGCGAGGAGUGGGGGGAAGGAUAUGGAUUGUAUUGAAUCCUACGACCUCGACUGGCUAGUCCAAACAAUCCGCAAAAUCAAAGAAAACGAGCCAGAAAUCAAACUGCCCAAAUAUGAUAUCCUAAAAUUCCAACAUGAAGCCGAGGAAGUCGCUUUAAACCCCGCAAAUGAUCUGGGAGAGACCGGACCAACAGAUGUUCUGAUCGUCGAAGGUUGUUAUAUGCUUUGCGAAAAGCGACUGGUGGAGAUGGCGGAUAUCAAGGUCUUUGUGGAUUUAAAUGCCGAUGCGAGGUUGGGGAGACGAGUUGUUCGAGAUACUGAAGAGCGGGGAAUCCCGCUCGAUAAAGUAUUCGAUCAGUACCUAAGAUACGGAAAACGAGCGUUUGAAGGAAGGAUAGAGCCUGCCAAAUCCCGCGCAGACGUAAUCCUGCCUAAAGGCGUUGAAGGUGCCGCCAUAGACCUAAUAGCACUAGGUAUAUGGGACGACAUCUGCGCCAAGGCGGACAGCGUCAAUAACUUUAGCGGGGGAUUAACGGCCGAGCACGAGAGGAAGGCGUUACUGGUAGGUAAAACGGUCGGAGAGAAACAGACUAUAUCUAUCGGUGAAGUAGAUCUAGAGCGUUUUUAUGAUCCGAUAUAA